AUGUAUCCGUUAUUGCAGCACCAUGUUUUGUUUAGCAAUACUUGUUAUCAAAAGCAGCAGCAGCGGCAUGUUAUGUUUAGCAAUACUUGUACAACAAAUCAAAAUCAAAAGCAGCAGCAGCGGCAUGUUAUGUUUAGGAAUACUUGUUGUAUAACAAAUCAAAAUCAAAAGAAGCAGCAGCAGCAUGCACCGAUGACAAUCAAGCCAGCCAGAGACAUAGUAAUAGAUUUUGGAAAAUAUAAGGGGAAGAUGCUGGGAAGCCUUCCAUCACGCUAUCUGAAGUGGGUUUCAAAAAACUGUGUACGGGAUUUCAAGGAAUGGGCGAUUCUCGCAGAUCAAGUCCUUGUAGAUCCGAUCUACAAAGACCGCAUCGAGUGGGAGUUUGCUCGCUAUGUGUUAGAUGGAGAGGGAUCCAGAUACAGAUCCACUGAACGGCCACAUAUUCAACUCCAUGAGAUAGGCGACAGGUUUGGUUGGGAUUUUCUUGACAAAGUUGGCUGGAGCAAAGUUGAUUUCGACCUUCUGGGCACUUCUAAAGGAGGGAGAAUUCCGAGACUACGCAAACCAAGUGAAGCCGCCGCCACUCAACCCAAUCUCCCACCUGCUACUACUAAUAGACGUAGGAGAAUGGAGACAAGAGACGCCAGUGAUCCCAAUCUCCCACCUGCUACUGCUAAUAGACUUAGGAGAAUAGAGAGAAGAGAGAAACUGAAUAUGAGAUCCAGGACGACGCAUGAAGAACAACAACCACAACACAAGGACGAUACUGUGUCUGAACAACAACCACAACAACACAGGGACGAUACUGUGUCUGAACAACAACCACACCAACACAGGGACGAUACUGUGUCUGCUGCUGAUAUUAAACAAGUUGCCAAGCCAUUCCCUGGACGCCAGGCUCUCUUCCGCAAAGCCAUCAAGUACCGCCGACAAUCCUAA